AUGAUACCAGCCACAAAGUAUGGGCGCGUAACUCUAGCCCUCGUGUUACUAGAAGCAGUAAUAGUCAUCGUCCUAGAAUCCAUCGUCGCUGCCAUAAUAGUUCCCGCCACUGAUUUCACUCUCCAAUACGACCCAAACAACCCAAAUCCACAACGAGGUGUCCCAGUCUACCUCACCAUAUUCAUAUGUGCUCAAAUCUUCCAGAUCGUGCUAUGUUGGGACGCUGUAUGGCAUCAAAACACGAUUCAAAUGAUUGGAUUUGUGCUUUUUAAUCUUGCUGAUUUUUGUUAUGCCAUCUUCCAAUAUGCUCAGUUGAGGAAUCCGACUAUUGUCGGCGCUGCUAGUUCUAUCUCGGACUCAAACUUGUCGAUUCUGAGGGGGGCGCUGGUUGCUAUACCUGUUGUGCUGGGGUUGGGUUUCACGGCUUUUGCGUAUCUGUCGUAUAAGCUGUAUCUAGAGUUUGGCUGGAAGAUUUACAAAAAGAUUGGAGCUGAUCCAAAGAUGAGGAAUUUAUACCGAGCAUACCAAAUCUUCAUUACCUUAUUGAAACUGGACGUAUUUUUCGUAUUCGGAUUUGGUCUACAAUUUCUUGUGCUUGUUAUUAGAACCAAUGAUCCGGAAUUUGCCUUGACUAUUGCUGCAUUACCUGUUAUGGUUGCCAUACUAGCACUGGCUGUAUAUGGAGUACGGAGAGAGGAUAAAUGGAUUAUGUUAUUAUUCAUGAUUGGACUGUGUUGUGCUAUAGCCUAUUUCAUAUUUAAAGUCGUGAGGAUUUAUACCCAACCAGAGAAAUACGCAGAUACGAAAUACUAUUUGACUUUCUAUGCUGCUCUAUCGUUAACUGUCGUCGUACUAACACUGGUGAAUUCAGUGGUGUGCUUCAACAACUUUGGACAAGGACUUAAACAACAUAUCAUGAGAGAUAAGGGAGCUGAAAAACUUAACAGGCCGCCUCUGGAAUAA